CUCCUCCAACAACUGCGUAUAGCAAUUCCAAGUUCUGCUGAACAUCGAUUCCCAUAGAAUUUUCAACUUCUAAUUAAUCCUCCUGUGAAACAUCCAACCAUCAUGAGAUCAACUGCAUUAGCUGUGAGCUUCUUCACUCUAUGGCUAAUUUCCAUGGCCUUAUGCACUGUGGCUCAGACGGCAGUGCUAGACACCAAUGGACUGCCUCUGGAAACUGGAGUAGAAUACUACGCAUUGCCCGCAAUAACUGACGUUGCCGGCGGUUUAACCCUGAUCAAUCGCAAUAAUUCCUGCCCAUUGUAUGUUGGUCAGGAACCCAUCGCACCAGUUGUGUCACAGGGUUUUCCGGUCACCUUCAAGCCAUACGCUGAAGGAGAAACGAUCAUCAGGGAGUCCAGGGACUUGACUGUUACGUUUCAAGCAUUUACUAACUGUAUCCAAUCUACUGCUUGGAGGGUUGGGGAAGAGGACCUAGAGACAGGAAGGCGAUUCCUUGUGACUGGAGGAGAAGCAGAUUACUUUGCCAUUCGAAGUACUACGGGUGGCUACAGUCUCGUAUGGUGCCCUACUGAGUCCUGUCCAACUUGUAAGCCAAGGUGUGGAUCUGCUGGUAUUUUGAUUGAGAAUAACAAGAGGUUGUUAGUCUUGGAUGGUCCUGCAUUUCCCUUCCGAUUUAGGAGAGUUAAUUGAUUUUCAAUAUUAAAAAAAAAAAACAAAAAAACAACAAAAACGGUGUCGCUUUUGCGUUGAAUUAUGUUGUAAUCGUGAAUAAAUGACCUGGAGAUGUUCCAUUGUCAAUAUAUAUGUACAAUAAAAUAUAAUGCGGAUAUAAAGAUGAUUAUAUUUCUUAUGAA